AUGACUACUUGGAUGAAGCCCCUUACAACUUUGAAUGUUGACAGGCAUGGAGACAAAAAUGAUGCAACAUGGAAGCAAAAAAGAUACAUUAAAGAAAAAAUAAGAAUACGUUUGCUUGACGGACAAAUAACGGAUGCCAUGGAAGCAGCUGCCCUUUCAUAUAACAACCAGUACAUUGAUAUCUAUAGCUGCUGCUGGGGUCCAGAAGAUGAUGGAAAGCAAAUGAAUGGUCCCAUGAAACUGGCUUCAAAAGCACUGGAAGAAGGAGUAGAAAAGGGUCGUGAUGGUAAAGGAAGUAUUUUUAUCUGGGCCUCAGGAAAUGGUGGAUUGAAUAAUGACCACUGUGGUGCUGAUGGAUAUGUAAACAGUAUUUAUACAGUGGCAAUAGGAUCAGUCAAUAACUAUGGCCUCACAACCUUCUACUCUGAAGCCUGUUCAGCAAUGAUGGCUGUAGUUCCAACAGGGGCAGAAAGCGAAGUUCAAGAAGAGGAUUCACCUGAUUUAGAUCAGGUACAGCUGGUUACAACAGAAAUGGGAGAUGGGUGUACACGGAACUUUGAAGGAACAUCCAGUGCUGCCCCAUUGGCUGCAGGUGUUAUUGCUCUGGUUCUUCAAGCAAACAACUAUGUUAAUAAGAAAUAUAACUUAUAUGACUUGGACUUUAAAUACUCAAGAGAGAAAAUCAACUCUGUGAACUGGUGUGAACAGCCCUGCAAAGAUGAUGAUGGCAUAUACUGUCUUUUAAAGUCUAUACUAUGUGAGACUAUAGAAGACGUUUCACAAAAUAAGGCUAACAAACCUCCUAAGCUACCACACUGGUGA